UCCACCUGGAAUGUGGGCCAAACUUGGAUCUGAAGGUGCAGUCAUAUGACUCCCCAGAUCGCUGAAAGUGAGUAAAUAGGACUGCAAAUGGUUCUCUGAAACCAAUUCAAGUUUUGUGAUCUUGAACGAUUGGACCCUGUUGGAAAGAAAUCCGUCCCCUCGCUGGUUUCAGCUCCAGAUCGCAAAGGGAGAUGGGAAGCGACGUGCUGUUCAGGGACAGUUUUUUGUCUGGUGGGGCUCUGUGGAUGCGACACGUCAGGCAAGCUCUUCUUUACCUGUCCGUGGUGUGAUCACGAAUAUGGAAGAUCUGAAUAACAGGAGCCCGCGGGAGACAGCGGGAGAAGAGAGGAGCUCAUCGGACUGUCACCAGUCAUUUGUCCGCUUCCGAAGGGGAGUAGCAGCGGUCAGCUCUCCUGCUCUGUCCACGGCACGUCUCACCUUACCUGGAAUCAUGGACGCCGAGGGGAGGGUCGACGAGUCAAGACUGAGGAUGCAUAUUUUCAAAAACGGUGGGGUGUCUCCCUCUGAGCGGGGCCUGGUGUGGCGUUUUCUGUUUGGCAUGUACCCGUGCAGCUCAACAGCUUUAGAGCGCUCUCUGCUGCAGGAGCAGUUGGUCGUACGUUACCAGGUCAUGAAGAGAAAGUGGCAGCAGUUCCUACCUUCAGCUGUGCAGAUGCACCUCAACGGCACUGAUGCUGAGCUGGUGGCAGCCGUCAGGUACUUUGACCAGAGGCAGGCACAGGCCCAGCAACGGACCCAGGAUCAGUCUGAGGAGGUCAGGGACAGACUGGCUUUCUUGGAGCUUCAGGCACAGAUAUUGUUUGAGCGUGUUUCAUUUGAUGAUGAGGAGCUGCGGGAAGCCACACGAAUCAUUGACAAAGACGUGCCACGAACUAACAGAGACCUGAGCUAUUACCAGGGGGAAGGUUCAGGCAAUCUGUUGGUGUUGAGAGAUAUACUCAUCACGUAUGCUGCUUUUCAUCCAGAGGUCAGUUAUGCCCAAGGAAUGAAUGACCUGUGCAGCCGGUUCCUGGAGAUUCUUGACUCUGAGGUCGACACCUUCUGGAGUUUCUCCUGCUACAUGGAGAAAUUCUCCAAGGACUUCAGGGCUGAUGGUCUGCGCAGAAAAAUAGAGUUGGAGGCAGCCCUGUUGAAGGAAUUGGACCCUCAGCUUUAUGCUCAUUUGGUCUCAGACAACAUGGAGAGCUUCACCUUCUGCCACAGGUGGCUUCUGCUGGGUUUCCAGAGAGAGUUUGAACACAGUGAUGCAUUGCGUUUGUUCGAGAUCCUGAGUUGUGACCACCUGGAGCUUAUCUCCCAACAAGUAGACCGAGCCCGUUAUCAGGAAAGGCUCGCACGAAAAUGCAGCACAGAGGACAAUUCAAAGUCAAAGCUGCAGGCCAUCAACACUGACUUCACGUUCGAGCUCUUCAUCUGUGGAGCCAUCCUGCUAGAGAACAGAGACUCUCUGCUGCAGUGCCGAGACGAUGUUCAACUCAUCCAGUUUACUAGCAGCCUUCAGGGAACACUGGACCUGAACAGCACACUGAAGAAAGCAGAGCAUCAUUUGUACAACUACUGCAAGCGCUGUGCUUGGGACUAUAUGAAUGGGAGCUGCAGAGCACACAAGAGCAGAGAAGACGACUUUCUCUAUCAACUCCAGAGUUUACUUGUUUUAAAGUGAUAGCUACUAUAUAAAUAACUGACAUCAAAGACUCUUAUGAAACUGCAAUUUGGAACAGGGGACAUACAAGAUGAUCCCUAUUUCGAGUUUUGAUGAUACAUAUCACACAUCACAUCACACAUCUUGUUUUUACUUCUGAGGGAAACACAGUGAUGUACUGAUGCUUACCGUAGGCUUGAUCAGCUACUGUUUAUUAUAAACCGUAUGUACAGUAAUUAUUUUAUAAAAGCUGUCCAACACUAA